UCCAGUCCAUCAAUUUGCUUCCUCCAACCAACACAACACCCGAUCAACUAGCAGAGGCAGAGCCGACAGGGUGUUCGAGUCUUCGAGAGCGUACAGAAGGGUCGAUCGAUCGAGCGCCAAGAAUGGCGGCGUCAGGGAGCGCUCAGAGCCGACGGUUCACCACAGCGUGCGGCGUCCUCAGCCGCUGCAUCAAGGCGGCGGAGGCGCGGCCGGUGGCCACGGUGGUCCUCCCCCUCAUGCCCGGAGCCGAAGUGCCCGCGCAAGACGACCACGCGGCGGGUCCUGCGCCGGCGAGCGCGCAGAUGACCAUCUUCUACGGCGGGCAGGUGCUGGUGCUGGACGAGGUCCCGGACGAUAGGGCGGCCGAGCUGCUCCGUGUCGCUGCCGCAGCAGGCGCCGCGCGAGGGGACGGCGACCUGCCCAUGGCGAGGAAGGCGUCACUGCAGCGGUUCAUGGAGAAGCGCAAGGGAAGGGUCGCCGCACGCGCCGUCCCCUACAGCCGGCCCGACGGCGACACGGCCUCCUGUGACCGUGUCACGCUUACGCUCUGAUUCGUGUUCAUGCGUAGUAGAGUAGCCUGAGUAAAGCAAAUGUGUGGCUGCUGUUGGAGUCCAAAUUGUUGAUCUGAAUUAUUAUGAUCAGUAAUUAUUGCUGUUGUUGUACUGAUGAA